AAGGAUAACAAAAGAACUCCUUCGCACAAGCUGCGGAUACAUGUGUGUGUAAAUGCGAGCGUGCAUGUGUAUGGAAUAAAGGAAACUUUAGCCAGCUAUGUGUGUGCGUCUCACCACCAAUGGGUCGAAAGGAAAGAAAAAGAAAGAGCAAGGAAACACAGGUUAACAUUUCGUCUGAAGUUGUGCUAACGUCUGUCAAAAGACGAAGAAAGGAAGCAUUUCUCAGAACAAGCUGUAGCUGUAGCGUGAAGAACGUGGUCCGGAAGAAUAUACACUGCUUUCACAAAUCCCACACCACCUUGAAUCCAAUCCAGUUUGACGUUUGACGUUUAGCGGAAUAGAACGAACCGAAAAGGGUUAAUAUAUAGAACAAACGCACACACAACGCCAUUGAGGAAAACAUAUUUUUGUGGUGAUUUCAUCCCUUCACAGCAACGAUAAAAUUAGAUAAACGAACCGCAUACCCCGCUGCGAAUGGUCUGUCAUCAUUCCUUUAGUUUGUUUUGAUACCAUCUCUGCCCGAGAGAUUCGCCCGGUGACAAAUUUUACGAUCGACCAUGGAUUUGGAGCUGAAAAAGGUUCAACGUUAUCUGUUCAUUGGAAGUGACGUGCCGUUUGUUUUUGCAUCACCACAGCCACUUGAUGUGGAGUUGGGUAAGAAGAUUCUCGAGCCAUUGGUGAAUCCUACGGAACCAGAUGCAAAGGAACCGGAACCACCCAUCCCCAGUGUGACGACGCAAACGAAGAACAAAAACACAACAAACGACAAUCCGAAGGUGAAGGCGGAAGGAGAGAAUGUAGAAAAACCGAUAAACCAUACAUCGGAAACAUCGAAAGAUGGUAUGGAUAAUAACAGUACAGCAACAUCAAAGGUUGUAGAACCGGUCACCACUAAACCAUUGCAUCCAGUGGUUGCUCUGAUUAAAUCGACAUUCAAGAGCAAAACGCUCCGUCGGACGGAUGAGUGUCUGUUUGCAAUUGCAUUUUGUGCGCGAAAAUUGUCCACACCAGAGGAUCGACACGUAGUGUACGAUAUGCUUCCGGAGUUGAUUCGCACAUCGCACGAUAUGCUAACGUUCGUCUCUUACUACAUUAUGCUUGCAACACAAUCCGGUCACGCUGGGUUUGGCCAUGGUUUGCGCACAGCUAUUACGCGUUGGUACGAAAAGUUUACGCCGAUAGAACUGGCUGAAAUGCUCGUGCGAAGCACUAGUACCGCCGGAUGGACGCACAAGGACGUGAUAGCGAAGGUGCAUCCGAAGCUGAAGUGUACCGAAAAGCAAUCGCUUAUCGAUGCGGCCAUGAAGCGUACCAGUCAGCUGCAGUUGAAAAAAGCCCCGGAAAAGAAAUCGAAAAGAAAGGCUGCCCCACCAUCCGCCAACCAGGAGAAGGCUGUCGUUACUAAUCCCACCAAGUCAUACAAACGCUACCAGACGCUGUUAGAAUUCAAAUCCGUCAUGACACCAGCGAAAGCCUUGGAGCUGGUGAAGGUGCACGGUGGAAGAGGAAGAUUUGAUUUGCUUCCUCGACACCUGCGACGUUCCCCGAAAAUAUGGGAGGCGUUUUAUCCAUUCCUUAGCUAUCGAGAGUUGCUGCAAGCGGCAUUGCCCUUGCAGGACUUUCGGCUGUUAAAGGAGGGUGACGCAAACGCUAAGCUGUACGCGGAAAUGCUAAAGAAGCGCUUCGAUCUGCUUGAAGCAGAGCAUGUACACCCGAUCGAGGUUCAGAUGAUUGCGCAGCUUUAUCAGCAUGGAAAACGUUAUGCGACCCGUGUUAAGGAGGCAAUGCACGCUCUGUACCUGACGGAAAUGUGCCCACCAGUGAAGGAAGUCCAGGAGUGUCUAAAUUCGGCCCUCGAACACUCGCUAAACCAUCAUCCGAAGACAGGUGUUCGUUAUUUGAUCGCACUCGAUCUACGUUGUGUUUACGAUCGAAAGAAAAUUUUUCACAACGAGGUCAUCACCUGCUUCCAGGCUAGCGUAUUGUUAGCCUUUUCCAUCUUCAAGCGGGAGAAAAACGUGACCGUUUUGGCGUUUACAGACGACGUGGAAACGCUCGCCCCUAUUAAUUUCGAACCGACCAUGACGCUGGAGCAAGCAAUGAAGCAGUGUGUCGAAUUGAUGUUGCCAACCACAAAAGUAUCGCUCGCUGCACCAAUCAAGCAUGCCGAAACGCACAAAGUUAAGGUGGAUGUGUUCAUCACCGUCACGGAUUCGUUGAUUCGCGUAAAUCCUAACCGAUCUCCACCGACCGCUGAGCUGCAGGAGUAUCGCAAAAAGAUGAAGCUAAACCUGAGCCGGUAUGUUGCGAUGUCGCUCAGUCGCCAUACACCAUCGCUAGAUUUUCAAUCGAACAAGGAUGCCGGUGGAUUGUUGGAAAUGGUCGGUUACAGCGCCCACAAUGCAAAGAUCAUCGAGGCGUUCGCCAAAAAUUUCUUUUUCUAAGAAGCAAUCUUAUUUGUCCGGUUUGCUGACGACAUCGGAAGGUACGUUUUGUUGUUAGUACUCCCAUUACAUUUAUGUCACAGUAUAAAGUUUCUUUCGCUCCAUUCUACCACGUCACUAUGAUAAGCCAUUACGGAUUUAUGACGUUGGUGAAAUUCAAGCAUUGUCGGCAGGUCGUUUUUUUAGAAUAUAAGUUUCUUUUACGUUAGAAGAAUAACGUACAUAUAUAUUUAAUUCGGUGUAUUCUGAUGAGUUUAGUAUCAUCUUUAAUGCUACUAUAAUUUCUCUCUACUGACACAAAACAAAGUAUUUACCGGGCACGAAUCAGUUCACUCUACACCUUAAUCUCAAUACCAAUGGUAAUUUUGUAUUGAUUACGUUCUCUUUAUGCUAUCGUUUUGACUUGCAUCAUAGUGCAUUUUUAUUGCAUUAUAUUACAUUGAACUGCAGAUAAUACUUAAUGCGGUUUCAAAUUGUUUAACUGUAUAUUUUUCAUACAUUAGCAGCAAAGCUCUUUUGAACCCACUGAAAUUGCGUAACUUAUUAUACAUAGUAGAAUAGCACAAAGGGUACAUUUUUUCAAAAUUUACAUACGAAUAAGUUUUUUUCUUUAUCUCAUUUUGAUUUUGCACAGUUUAUCUGGAACUUACUCUGAUGUUUGUGGUAUCGUUUUGAAGACUUUUCUUCUACUGUAGUACCGAAACCGAACGUUUAAAACAUAUCUGCAUGUUUUGCAAUUUGGUGUUGAUAGCUUCCUAUUGAUGAUGAUCCCAACCACACUAAAUUAAAGUUCCGCAGCUGUGUCGUACCCACGAAUUUCUUUAUGCAACUGUUACAAAUUCGUUUAAUCUGACAUUAAACAAAGGACAUUUUCUUCAAAGCGUUCUCUAUUCCUACAUACACUAUCUAUCAUUAAACAUGUAUCGUGUUGUGUGUAAUAGUGCUUAUAGAAUAGAAUAGUAUAGUAAUAAUUGAUCGAUUCUACGUGGAAUUGGAUCUUUACAGUGGAAGCGUAAAGAGUUUGCUGUUAGUUGAUAAAAUAUAACAUCUCUAAGCAUCACUUUUUAAUAAUCCUCAUACGUGCACAUCACCCAGAUGCUUAAUGCACAUAUGCUACACUAUUUUGCGUUUCGAUGUAGUUCUGUAAUUGUCGAAUUAUCUGUAAGUUCCUCUAUUUAAUGGGAACAAUAGUUGUAAGCGAUAUAAUGUAAUCCUCUGAUAAAACAGUUUUCAAUGAUGCUGUGGGGAGAAAACAACACACUAUUAGAUGCAAUUUCCCAAUACAAGUAAAUAAGCAUUCAUAGGAAAAAAAGAAACUAAAAAUUUUAAAACCAUUUCAAUCAAACUAUACAAUAAUUAAUAGUACGCUGUGAUUAACAAAAAUGAUCAAACCCUGGUUACAUUUUGCGUGAGGAUCUAGACGAUCCAUCUUAUUUUGUUGUCGUUUUUUUGUUGUCAUUGUUAUUUGUUUGGAAUAUUUAACAUAUCCACCUUUUUAUGGUAAACUAGAUUCUGUUAACACAUUUUUCAUCUACUGUCCAUUUAUUAUAUAAUAUUCUUAUGCAAAGCAUAUGUGUUUCAUUGGAAGUUACUACAAACCUGUGUUAAAACAAAGCAUUUCUAUAUGCCAGUAAUAGUAUGAUGAUGAAUGUAGAACUUUGUAACUGACUAUCUCAAAUUUGAUAAAUGAACGACCUGUGGUAAAAAGAAAUUCACUAAUUUGGGCAACAGUAGACGAUAAAAGUGCUUCUUAGAACAUAUGUUUAAAACACUGUCUCAAAACACUUCCCGUCCGCGAUGAUUACAAUAAUUGAUUGGUGUUUGUUCAAAGCAAAAUCCUUACCUAAUUCACUUGUUAUCGCAAAUGCGGAAGAUCGUUGGACGCUGCCUAAAAGAAAUGAGAUUAAACACUACUUAUACACCAUACGAGAAGUAACUAAAAGUCAUGUGUUUUUUUUUAAUUGAAACAAAAAAAAACUACACAAAUUAAAGCUGAACAUGUGGUAUAAGAAAAAUUCAAAGUGCAUCUUAUUUGGAAGGAGAGAAACACGCCAAUAACAUUUCACAACUGCCAGAUGCGUUCCCGCACACGGUUGAUAAUAAUUUUGUUGAACGAAAACAAUCAAAUUGUACGUAGUAGCAGCAAAGAGAAAACGGAACCUUAUUGUUAUGUUUCACACGUUAAACACAGGAACGCCUGAAAGAGCAAGCCCCGCAACUCUCCAAAUUUGUUUAUUAAUCCAGAGUAAUUUAUAAUCCAGACUUAAUAGCGAUAGUGAUAAAAGAAAACAAGAGUAAACCCAAACCUCUGCCAGAUACAGUCAAGGGUCAGGUGGGUCGAGCGGACAGAUGUGUGUGGCAGCAGUAUUCGUUAUUAGUAUUUAUAGAAAAAGGGAACCAUAACACAAAAGUAUCAAUAAAAUUGUUGAAUGGAAACCCAUGUACGAGGAAAAACAUAGAAUUAGGCAAUACAUGACAACACAACACCGGCGAUUCGUUAUAGUUCGGUAACGUUCUGUUUUACAGACACCAAGAAGACUGUUUUAAGCUUUUAAAGUCAAGCCAAAGGGUAGAUUUUCGUUUUGUGCAGAGUCCUCGUUUCACGUCACUACUCCUCUGUACCGGAUGCACAAAAUUAAUGCGUACGAAAAUUACAAAACAAACACACACAAAAAAAGACGGGUAAUCUCCUAGCAAAGAGAUGCAGUAAAUAAAUUAGUGCUUAACCGAAACCGAUUCGAAUGUAAGGUAAACAUUUCAACAUACUGUUACCCUGGACCGCUCGCCCACCCUUGGCAGGAAAAAGAUGUUUCGAGCAUAUUUCUCUAAACGUUAAUGUGAUACAAAGCCGCAUGAAAUAUUGUUUCUCAACACAAAAUCUCGAUAGCCAAAUGAAAUAUAGAGCAAAGCAAAACGCAAAAUGGCAGCAAACGAAUAACGAAAACCGAACGAAGUUGAUAGUUAAUGAAACAGUGCUGAAAGGAGGACAAAAAGAAAAGGCAAAGUUAAGUUCCACUUGGAUUCGUAAACAAAUAGAACAAUAAUUAGUUGCGUGAAAUCCAAUUCAGAUGAUAAGGAAUGGUGAUAUUUUUGUAAUAGUAUCAAACAAAUUCUAAACGGAACUAAUAUAACCCUAUCGGAAGAACCUUUGAAGGUUUUGCAUUACCAGAGAAGAAACGGAAUUAGUACCCCCUACUAACGUUGCUUUAUUAUUUGCAUGUCCCAAAAGACGGCACCGUACACUGUGUGUGCAACAGGUCUGAUUAUAAACGGAUCAAACAAUGAUCAAUCAACAGAAAACAUGAUCAAACCAUUCGACUGCCGCCGAUCCGUGCAAACAUUUAGACCACACAACAUUGUACACGAAAAAGUAUUCAAACAUAACGUGAUUUUAUUCAUGUGGUAAAACCAGACAACAACAAAAAAAAACGCUUAAAACAUUUAUCGUAAUAUUGUGGGAACAGAGAGACAAACAAAGAGGCAUUAUUACUUUUGUUUUUAAAUUGUGUUGUUCAGUGUGCAUCAGUUUCUGUUGGUUUUUUUUUUCGUUUAUUUGUAAUAUGAUAUGUGGUUUAGUAAUUAAAAAAGGCGCAUCAAAGUAACGAAACACUGCAUAUGUUCACAAUAGAUGUGGGUGUUGACAUGUGCUCAGAAAAAUAGCAUUGAAAAAGACUGAAAUUUGGUCAAAAUUAUUCAUAUACCAUAGCGAAAAUAUGCUGGUUUUGCCGAUGCGAAACACAAGGCACAACAGUAAGAGACUUCGAGACAGCGCAAUAAAUCGAAAUCAUGGCGAUAAUUUGGCGAUACAUCUCUAUAUCUUAUGAAUACAAAAGCAACGCUAAAAAACCUGGAACACACACUGAACUGAUGAUAUUGAUGGAAAAUGUGAGGGACGAAACAAAUUCUAUGAGAAACUUCAAUUCCUCCCCUCACCCCCCAACACCAUCGUGUUGUGUUAUUAGACUAAACCAUGCACUAAAAGUUCGCUGUUUAGUACACCCCGUUUUGUUCCCCAACUGUAUGUAUCGAAUUAAAGUUAAGUUUAAGUUCCAAGCUAGUUUAAUGUUUUCUCUUUAAGAACGUGCAAGAUUUAAUCCUUCCUACAUGCCAUACAGGGACGCUGUGUGAGUGUGUGUGGUGUGUGUACGAUUCUUAUUUGUAUUACGAACCCUUCGAAAUAUUGAUAGCGUUAUACACAACAGUGGACGACGGUCUUUGGUAGCUUUUGCCGCGUAAAACUAUUGGCUAGCCAGUCUAGGAAAACGAAUAAAAUAAUACGAAAAACGAACAAAGUAAAUAGACAAUGUAUCAGAAGGCCAUAAACCGCUCGAGAUAGAGAAAAUAUUUUUGGGCAAAGAAGCAUACCACGGACACAAAAUAUCUGCUGGAAUCGUUAAGAUAAAACAGAAAUCAUACAAACCACUAAACCGGAUAAAAAAAAGUUAUUUUUGUACGAAGAAGAAAAAAAAACACAGUUUGCGAUAAACGAAAGGAGAACAAUAAUAGAAAAAUACAUACACAUUGGGCUUUAUACAAAUUCAAACCCCUCGGAAAACAGAACCAAA